AUGCGAUGGGUUACGAAACAAUGCGCCGCCACGGCCUUAACCAUCUCUGUACUGUGUGCGGUCACACCCUCGUUGACGGCCGUCAACGUGCUGGCCAUCGAACCGUUGCCGGCUCGGAGCCAUUGGACGUUUAUGCGGGCGGUGCUCAUGGCGAUGGCCACCGGUGGCCGUGGCCAUAACGUGACGGCGUACACACCAUUCGCGUCGUCGUCAGUGGUCACUGCCGGCGUCUGUAACGGCGGCCCGAGCGGUUGCGGGUACGUGGAAAUACCUUUGCGGCUUGACGUUCCGGACAAGGUCGCGCUGGAUGUGCGGACAGCCGUCGCCGAUUUCGCAGACCAGUGGCGGUUUGUGGGCAUCGCCGUGAACAAGAGUCUGACGGCGUGUGGCCGGCUGGACCAGAUGGCAGCCGCCGGCCACUUUUCUCGCGUCCAGUACGACGUGGUCGUCGUCGAGCUGGUGUCGUCCGAGUGCUCGUCCCGCUUGUCCGGCGUCCUGGGCGAAGUGCCCCUCGUGUACGUUUUCCCGUCACCUAUAGCCUCGUGGGUGGAGGCAAAAGCGCUGGGAACCAGCCCUGGCCCGUCGUAUGCCAGCCGGCUGUUCGCUCGGUACGCGACGCCCGACACGUUAGGCAGGCGGCUGGAGAACGCGUACGGCUGGACCGUGAUGGCAGCGUUACAAUGGUUUCACGAGCGAGGUGACGACCAGGCCGGUUACCGUAAGCCCUCCGUCACGUUCGUCAACACUGAUCCAACUGUGGAAAAAUCCGUGCCCGUCGUUCAGAACAUGAUAGGCGUCGGCGGUGUACACCUGCCGCCGCCCGAGCCAAUACCGUCGGUAAGUAACUUUUAG